AUGGCCGAGACUCAAAACAGCCGAGCGAAAGGGAAAUCUCUUGGAAAGUAUUGUGUUACAGGUGGACCUGGAAAAGUCAGUUGCAAAAACAAUUCGAAAACAGAAGGAAUUUCGAUGCAUCGCUUCCCUAGCGAUAGUUCUGUCCGAGCAAAAUGGGCUUGUAUUGUUCAAAGACAUCGUCCGCAAUGGCAGCCAUCAAGCACUUCGGUGCUUUGCUCAGCACAUUUCAAGGUCACAGAUUUUGAACAACGGCUUGAUUUUAAUCCACAAGAACCGGAAAAAUUCACGACUAAGAGAUGGCUGAAGAAAGGCGCGAUACCUAGUCUAGAUUGCGUUGUUUCAGGGCCACAAGUUCAGGCGAUUUCAGCUCGUGAAAGAAGACAGGUAAAUAUAUGCAUAAAUCGUUCGUUUUCGGCAUUUUGAAGCUGUUACAUAUUCAUCCUUGACAUAAUCUAAAUAUUCAAUACUCUUCACGGCAAAAAACAGAUAACUAUAAAGACCCGUUUACACUAUGUAUAAUAGUAAUAUUUGUUGUUAUAUAAAAUUUGGAAUUGACACUCGGACAUUUAAUAGUUCGCCACCAAAGGCAAGUGAACAACGUGAAAUAAAAGCUUUGUAAGGCAAGGCUCUCAUGCUACAUUUUCAUAGUUUAAUAUGUAGAUGUCAAUAUGAAAGACAUAAAAGUAUUUGGAAUGUGUUGUUGAAUUGAGUUUGCCUUCAAGUGGUUAAUAGUUUAAAUACAGGUCAAUUGAAGCCAAUUUCUAUGUUUAUUUACUUUUUUCAAAGUCACUACUUCAUGUUAUGUGUAUGUAAUGAUCUAUUUUGAUUGGUCUCAGGGCUUUAGCCAGGUACAGUAUCUGGUGUAAACACACCAUGUUGGGCGCCAGUUAGGUAAUUCUCAAGCUGUGUUUACACUACAAGCCUAAGCCUGGCCUACCUUUGGACUAGAUUUUUGUGGUGUAAAUGCACUUCGGCCUGGCCUAGGCCAGGAAAUCUGGGCCCAUCAGGAAAGGUGGCCCAGAUUGCUUGGUCUAGUGCCAGGUCGAAGUGCAUGGUCUAGUGGUCUAGUGGCGGUCGAAGUCGACACUACCAAAAUCUAGUCCAAACCUAGGCCAGGCUUAGGCUUGUAGUGUAAACACGGCUUCAGAUGCAGAAAAGUCUCGGUAAAAAUUUUUUUUAACCCAUUAAGCUGUUGAGCUUUUCCAUUGACAAGCCUCAGACUCGGUGAUUGUCGGGGAAUAUUCACCUCAACUUUGUCUCUGCGAAUAUUCCCCAAUAAUCACCUCACCUUUGGCGAACAAUUGUUAACACCAACACAAAUAUUAUCAUAUACAAAGCAGACAACAAAUUACAUUAUUAUUCUUUUGAUAUAACUUAUAUAAUAAUUUGAUGAAUUAUUUUUAGUUGCAGAAAAAACAGCAUUAUUGGAGGCAGAAAAGUGGAAAUCAACAGGAAAUCUCCCACUGCCAAAGAGAAAAGCCAGACAAUGUAGCAAGUGCAAGGCACCAAUGAAGGUCACCUGCGAUCAGAUUGUCCACACGAUGCUCCACAGACUUGAUCUGUUUACUGUAUAUUGUCAUUGUUUGUAAAUAUUGUAAAUACUUAAGAGGGUUGUUGUAUAUAUUGUUGAAAUAUAAUAAGUAUGAACAGAAUUAUGCAUCAGUCAGUGUACCCCCUCCCCCAACCCCUCAUAAGCUAGGAAUUGCUGGGAAUUUAAAGCCUGAUUUACAUUUCAGUCAAGGGAUCUCAAAGUGGGCAAUAUGUAAAACUAAUUGUGUAAAUGUCCUCUGGUUAAAAAGAUUUAUUUAUUACUAAAUAAAUAAAUAAGUAAUAAAUAAAUCUUUUUAACCAGAGAACGUUUACACAAUUAAUUAUGAAUCCUGGAUUUUUAAAUAUGUAAAACAUUAAUACACAUUACAGAUCCGGUGAUAAAACUUUUCUUUGGGUUUUAUGUCAUGAAAUAUUUACAUAAUAAUGAAAUAUUUACAUAAUAGUGACUUCAGUUAUCAUUAUCCGUUUGCUCUUCUCCAGAUAUAUACCAGCAUCACCAGUACAAAAUACAUGCAGUCAUUAUAUGAUGGUAAAUGCAUGGUGACAAGGGCUGGUGUUCUCCCAGCCCAUCAAGCCAAACAGCCGACGAUAUGACACUGCUCUGAGGAAUCUAUAACAAUACAAAUUUAUCUUUAUAGAACCUGUAAAGUUGUUUUACUUUCGCUACUAGUCAGAAUUAAUAUGCACAACCGAAGUAUAUGUACCUUUUAUCUGCGCCAUUUUUUAUUCCAUGGGAGCUUCCAUCAGUUCCAUGUUUGUAAAUAGAAGAGGCCCAACUUCACUUCUCUUUUGUCAUAGCAUUGAAGUCAGGAUGGUUAAGGAUGUAUUCAACAUUCUUGCCAAUCCAAGUAAAUUUUCCAGUUACUUCCACAAUCUCUUUGCAGCAACAGUACUCUGAACACUCGCCAGAUUUUGAUCGGCACAAUUCCCACACGAACACCUACAACAGAAAUAAAUAAUAAGGCAAAUAUCAGGGAAAUAUUGCAUGAAAAUCAUAAUAAAGUAACUUAGUAUUGUUUGUAGAACUCACCAAUUUGCUAAUGGAAUAUUUUUUUCUAAACGCUUCUCCAAAACAGAUGGCAAAAUGUAAUCUUCGUCCUGUUCCUCAUCAGAAGAUUCGCUGUCGUCUGUACUGGCAAUAGUUCCCCUUGAUACGGCUCAAAACAAUUCGUUACGUUCAUAUUUCCUUCUAAAUUGCUUUCCGUUAUGUUAUCAGACUCUAAGCUAGAGAAACUAAGAGAAUCGUCGCUGUGCGACAUAGUAAAAGAGUAGAAAUCACGAUAAAAUAUUUUAUACAGCGCGAUAAUACACAUGUUCUUUACUGUUUAUAUUGAGAAUGUCAACAUGUGUGCACAACCAGUGACGUCACGCACUGUUUUCCCUCGGGUCCAGACCCCGGGACAAAAAUAGCCGAAUUGCUGAACUUUGUAGCUUAAAAAAUCCACUUUAAAAAAUCGCGGGGCGAAAAUAAAAUACAGCAUGAUAUUCAGCGUACUUUAAACUAUAAAAUCAGCACAAUUUCAGAAAAAAUUUUCAGCCGUUUCAUAAACACUUUAAAUUCGUUGCAAAAACAAACACAGUCACGUGGUUUUCAAAAUGGCUAGUCAGAGUGAUUUUCACUUUAUUUGCAAGUAAAUUCGAUAAAAAAUGAGAAAUAAAGAAAUGAGAAAUUGUCUAAGACUAAUGGCCUGUAAAGGAACAAACAACCUAAUUGAACACAUGAACUCAUGAAGAUCCACAAAAAGUAGUUCAUAAUUUCCUACAGAGUGUACUUGAUCAGGUAAAAUGAAGUUAAAUGGGGGGAAACAACCCCAAAACAGUCAACAGUAACUAAAGUAAAUGAUAUAUACUCUAUAUAAUGAACAAUACAUAUUCUAGAUAAAUUGAUACUGAAAUUUGUUCAAGCAAAUACCGUAGUACUAUAAAAGAAGUGAGAAGCUUAACCAUUUUAACAAGACUGAUGUCUGACCAGUCAUACAGUAUGCAUAUUUUAUAAUCCUAUUAAUUCAAAUUUGUGUUCCUUUCAUUGGAGUAAUAUCAUACACUUAAUGUCUGCUCUCGAGGGAAAUAGUUAGUUUUGUUUUCCCGAGAGUCUCAAUGUUUCCCGAGACGAAGUCGAGGGAAACAUUGAGAUUCGAGGGAAAACAAAACUAACUAUUUCCCGAGGGAACAGACAUUAAGUGUUUUGUUAUAUAGCGACGAACAAAAAUCAACUUCAACAACAUUCAUAUGCAACAAUUGUUUUUCGUGGCAAAAACAGUAUAGAGUCAACGAGUUUAAAAUUAAAGAACCUACUUAAACGGUUUCGGCAGCAUAUCCUGUUUCCUGUUCUGUAUUUUUCUUCCCUUUUACAUUCGGCUUUAUUUGAACACAAACUUGGAAAAUCGUAGUUUCUAAUUAUCGUAGUUGUGCCGCCAUUUUGUUUAUUUAUGUACGUGGCCGGUCGGGGCGGGCAACAAUUUUUCACUUGUUGCCCGGCGGGAAACAUUGCAUUUAUCUGAAGUCACGUGACCACAAAUCAGCCAAUCACGUUUGGUGUUCACGCUAGCUAUAUAACAAUAGCAUUUUUCCACUGGGACUUGAAGCUUAUUUCAUUGCAUAUUUUAUUUGUUUACUAUUUAAUUUGCAUUUUAUUGGAGACUUUGCAGAGCAUAUAUUUACCAUGAUUUUACCUCAUUGUGAUGGCGGGGGUGGGUAACAGAAUGAAUUUCUGUUAAAUAUUUAAAAAGGCUGCUGAUGCUGGUGAUGUUACUCUGAGUGUAUAUCCACACCGGGCAAGCUUGAAAAAUAUGCCUGACCACGGUGGGAAUCGAACCUACGACCUUUGGAAUGCUAGCCCAAUGCUCUGCCAACUGAACUACGCGGUCUGGUCGGUUCGAGUAUGUGAUAUUUCGGAACAGAAUCUAGUUCCUUCGAUAUCAAUGUAAUCUAAUAAUCAUGAUUGUUUCUGUGUUGGUGUAAUGUACUCAGGUGAAUAUGAUGCUUGUGACGUUACUCUGAGUGUAUAUCCACACCGGGCAAGCUUGAAAAAUAUGCCUGACCACCGUGGUCAGGCAUAUUUUUCAAGCUUGCCCGGUGUGGAUAUACACUCAGAGUAACAUCACAAGCAUCAUAUUCACCUGAGUACAUUACACCAACACAGAAACAAUCAGGCUGCUGAUGUUAGUAUGUACAGUGUAAAUAAAGUAGAAUAGUUGUAACUUGUAACAGAGUUAUCUCAAAAUGUUGAAAUAUUUUAUGGAAAAUUUUCUGCGAAACUCUCAACUGAGAAAAAUUUCUGGGAACUAAGUUCCCAGGUUCCGAUUUAGACACAAUAUUAUAACCAUGCUUCGAUAUUUUUUAUAUAUUUUAUUAUUCUGUGCUGAUGCAUGUACUUCCCUUCUAUACCGUGUCGAAAACUCCCUCUUGAUCUAUUGUGCUCACACUAUACAAUUACACUUAUCGAUAGCUCAUUCUUCAUUGUUUAUUGUUGUGGGUACCCGGUUAAUCAAUAACUAUUGCGUUUCAUGUAACAACGAUUAUGUACUAAUACAUGGGCUAAUAUGCACAGAAAACAUAACCGUACACAUACAGGUAAUAGAUGUUUGGCAAUUUGUGCGGCUUAGGAUACUUCCGGCGAGAUACUUGGUCCUGGAGAAAGUUUUUAAAAGCAAGGAAAAUUAGCUACACGGUACCUGUAAACGCGCACUAGAAUAUUCUGUAUCUGAAAACGUCCAAAAUUUAGAAGAUGGGUUUUAAAAAAUCUGUUAAUAAAUACAGUAGUACAGUAGUAAUACUACACGCUGCUUUUGUGGAAACGGAUACCCAGGGCGGGAACUAAUGGUGUGUGUGUGGGGGGGGGCAUAACACCCCCCAAAGAAAAGUAAAAAAAGGGGCCCAACUUGCGGAGAGGGGGCCCUGGAAUUGCGGAACAUGUUAAAUAUUAAGGAAUUUUCUGGAAAAUUUAGGUCCAAAACUAGUGUUUUGAAAACUUUUUGGUACGUUUUGUUUUCGGGAAACAUAACGUCAACCUCCCCCCCCCCCUCGUCGCCCCCAUUUUCGGGAAACAUUUUUGCUUUCCGGAAAAUUUUUUUCUGAGAGAGCCCCCGAAUGGGAGGGGGGCCAAAUUUUUGAAUUCCCCCCCUCUCCCCACCAGAUAUCGCUAGGAACGGCCCUGCGGAUAUCAUCAUGGAAUCUAUUGUAUACAGAUUUUUAGAAUUCUUCGGGGAAAUAAAUUCCUUCUGUAAAUCUUGGUCGCCAAAUACAAGAGUCACAAGGGGUUGCAAAUGAUAGAAUUCAUUAUUCGAACUCAAUAAAUUACCAAAGUCAAUGUACAAUGAUUCACAACAAUUUAUUCCAAAAGUAACAAAUACAAGGGCCUUUGUACGCAACAUAUCGUAGUAUGGCAGUAGUAGGUUGCAAGUAGCGAAAACACGAUGUGGGACUUGUAGGUUAGGGGAAGAUUGGAUCAACUGUAGACAGAUAGAUUUGUAGAUCGUAGAUCAUUGUACUUUGUAGGUUCGAAUUUGGUUUACACUUGCACCAAACGAGGAGCGAUGA